AUGUCUACAGCAGAUUUGAUGGAGACUCUCAGAGAAGAACUCACCUGUUUCAUCUGCCUGGACUAUUUCAGCAGCCCAGUGACCACUGAGUGUGGGCACAGCUUUUGUCUGGUGUGUCUCCUCAGGAGCUGGGAGGAACAUAACACACCUUUGUCUUGUCCUGAGUGCUGGAGGACCUUGGAGGGCCCUCAUUUCCAGCCCAAUGAGCGUCUGGGGAGGCUGGCGAGCAUCGGCAGGCAACUCAGAUCCCAGGUGCUGCAGAGUGAGGAUGAAGCAGGUGGCUGUGGGAGAACACUGGCAGCCACUAAGGCAUUCUCUGAUGACGAGCAGGGUGCAAGUGUCUUCUCAACCCACAGUCACGGAAUAAACAGAGUGCAUCUCUUGAGUGAGGCUGAGGAGCAUCACAAAGAGAAACUUCAGGAAAUCCUAAAUCUUUUGCGUAAAAAGAAAAAGGAAGCUCAGACUGUAUUAACCCACGAGAAGGAAAGAGUGAUACUGUGUAAGGAAGAGACAAAGACUUGUAAACAGGUUGUAGUGUCGGAAUAUAUGAAAAUGCACCAGUUCCUGAAGGAAGAGGAGCAGCUGCAACUCCAGCUGCUGGACAAGGAGGAGAAGGAAAACAUGAGGAAACUGAGGGACAAUGAGAUCCAGCUGACCCAGCGAAUCCGAAGGCUCAGCAAAAUGAUUGUACAGAUAGAGUCCACAUGUCAGAACCCGAUUCUGGAAUCUUUAGAGGAAGUGAGAGAAGCACUGGAAAGGAAUGAACCACUCUUGCUUCAGUGUCCAGAGGCCACCGCCACGGAACUCAGUCUGUGCCACAUCACUGGAAUGAGGGAGAUGCUAAGAAAAUUCAGCACAGAGAUAACUCUGGACCCAGCCACAGCCAACGCCUACCUAGUCCUGUCUGAGGAUCUGAAAAGUGUGAGACAUGGAGGAGUCAGGCAGCAGUUACCUGACAACCCAGAGAGAUUUGAUCAGUCUGCAACUGUGUUGGGUGCUCAGAUCUUCAUCUGUGGGAGACACUACUGGGAGGUGGAAGUGGGAAGCAAGACCGAGUGGGAAGUGGGCAUCUGCAAAGACUCAGUGAGCAGAAAGGGGAAUCUCCCCAAAUCCCCUGGGGACCUCUUCUCACUUAUAGGUUUAAAAAUUGGGGAUGAUUAUAGUCUUUGGGUCUCAUCACCUUUAAAAGGUCAACAUGUCAGAGAGCCUGUGCAUAAGGUUGGUGUUUUCUUAGACUAUGAAUCUGGACAUAUAGCAUUCUACAAUGUGACAGAUGAGUCCCUCAUCUACAGUUUCCCUCCAGCCUCCUUCCAAGAGCCUCUCAGGCCUAUCUUCUCCCCUUGCCUCCCAAAUGAAGGGACAAACACAGACCCUCUUACCAUCUGCUAA